CGUGAUGACGUCGGAUGUAUAUGAGCGCGAGCGGCGGGAUCUCUCUCCCCUUUUACCGCCAUCGGAGCGGAAUCUCUUUCUUCCCCGGGACCUCUUCACUGCGCAGAGCCGCCUCACCAGCCCAGCCUCCGGCCAGAGAGCGAAGCAUCACUUGAGACUCAGCUAAGAUGGCAGACAUCGACAACAAAGACCAGGCAGAGAUGGACCCAGCAGAUAUGGAGGAUGUUGAGGAAGUGGAAGAGGAGGAGACGGGAGAAGAUGAAAACAGCAAAGCUCGUCAGCUGACUGUGCAGAUGAUGCAGAAUCCACAGAUCCUGGCGGCGCUGCAGGAGAGGCUGGAUGGUCUGAACGGCUCACCGUCAGGGUACAUGGAGAGUUUACCAAAGGUUGUAAAGAGACGCGUAAACGCCCUCAAGAACCUGCAGGUCAAAUGUGCUCACAUUGAGGCAAAGUUCUACGAAGAAGUACAUGAACUGGAGAGAAAGUACGCCGCACUCUACCAGCCCCUCUUCGACAAAAGAAGUGACAUAGUGAAAGCAGCAUAUGAGCCCACAGAUGAGGAAUGUGAAUGGAAGGCAGAUGAGGAGGAAGAGCUGACAGUAAGUAAGCAGGACGAGAUGAAAGAGAAGGCCAAGUUAGAGGAAGAGAAGAAGGACGAGGAAAAGGAAGACCCCAAAGGCAUCCCCGAGUUCUGGUUAACGGUUUUCAAAAACGUGGACCUGCUCAGUGACAUGCUGCAGGAACACGAUGAACCCAUCCUUAAACAUUUACAAGAUAUUAAAGUAAAAUUCUCAGAUCCAGGACAGCCCAUGAGCUUCACGUUAGAGUUCCACUUUGAGGCCAACGACUUCUUCACAAACACAGUGUUGACGAAAACCUACAAGAUGAGGUCAGAGCCCGACGAGAAUGACCCCUUCUCCUUCGAUGGACCAGAGAUCAUGUGCUGCACAGGUUGCACGAUUGACUGGACGAAGGGCAAAAACGUCACAUUGAAAACAAUCAAGAAGAAACAGAAGCACAAGGGCCGCGGCACAGUGAGGACGGUCACCAAAACGGUCCCCAACGACUCCUUUUUCAACUUCUUCACCCCGCCAGAGGUUCCAGAAAAUGGAGAGUUGAAGGAUGCAGCCCCCCCAGCUGAGUGCAAGCAGCAGUGAAGCCUGGCCCGGCUGCCUUGAGGAUCAUCUGCACUGUAACGGCUUCUCAAAUUACAAAAAAAAAAGAUUGAAAAAAAAAAAAAUAGUUACUUACCGCCUUAUAAUGUUUUGUAUUUUUCUUGGUAGAGAAUUUGAAGACAAAAAGUUUCAAGAUUUUUGUUACAAAAACUCAUGGUAAUAUACUGGGAGCUGUGGCUCAAUAUACAUAGUAUUUUACUAGACCUGUUUCUUCCUUCUCUUCCUCCUUCUCUGUACAAUAGAUAGAAUACAGGAAAAAAAAAUCUCCCUCAAAAAGCAUGAACUUGUUUCUUCACUGCUAAAACUAGUUUGGGUUCUUGUGAAGUCUUUUGUUGUAUUUGCUCUUAGACAACAGCUGUGGUUUAGACUGCAUCGCGGCAACGUCAAUUUAUAAUCCCCACCCGUCCUUUUUCCCCUUCCUCCUCCUCCUCCCUACAAAAGUUCCAGGUUGGUCACUUCUGAUUGUCCCAGGUGAUUUUUUUUCUUACUCUUAGCGGGGCCUUUAGCACUUGUAAAAGCACUGUAGCAUUUCCAGCUCUAGUGAGAGAGGAGAGAUGGGUGAUGUUCAGCCGGGUGUCUACUCCAGUUUAUCUAAUCUUGCUGAGCAUGGGAUCUGGAGUUGGUGUUUUUGGCCACUUCCUGCGCCACUUGUGCUCAACUACUUUCCACUCUUGAUACAUUCCAGUAAGCAGACUGGCUGGCACCGUCGGUGAACCUCUCUUCAACUGGACGGACUCCUCUAAAUUGAACAAGUUAGUUUGUCACGUACUGGGUCGCUCCCGGGGCUUGGUAUGGCCUGGUCGAGUCUCUUUAACAUUCCAGAGGAUUCUUUAGAUGUGGAAGGGGAUGGCAGGAUGGCCAGUUCGGGACCACCCAGCCCCAAUACCCCAGUGCUUCAGGCUCCUUGUAGGCUUGCAGUGGCGUGGCUGUCGUCUUUUCUAUAGCACUUUGUAUUAGCGUGUGGUGUACCAGUGGCGUCCUGUCAUCGGUUAGCUGUCUGAGUAUUCCUUCUGAGCAGCACUUUGUUUGACGCCCCUCUGCCUAUACGGGCAGGAGGGCCGGUGCUGUAACCCCGCUCUGUGGAGAGUUCAACUCGUGCUAUCUGGUUUUGAUUCCCUUUCUCACCGGGGGAGGCACACUUGGUCUGUUCAGAGAGGCUUUGUAGGAACAGGGUUGGACAGAUGUAGCACUGCGAAUGACAAGAAGACCUGGUUUUGAAGCGUCUGUCGACACGUUUUCUCAUCAGAUUAUGACCUUUACCUCGUGUCGUGAAUCCGUGACUGGUCAGGUGACUCACACGGACCUCAGCUUAGCCCCUGAGGUCUCGUUCAUUUUUAUCACUGUGAAAGAAAGAGGGAAGUGUGAUAAGGCCAUUCUGUUUGGCCAAUGACCCACCACUCUCCCUACCCCAGACCCCUUCCUUUGUUACCCAGAAGGCCACAGAGAAGCAUGUCAGAGCAAUACUUAAAGCCAGGAGGGGGACCGAGAAGAAACCGUAGCCUGCCUCCCUCCCUGUCCGUUCUUAAUGCCUUUUUUAGUUGUGAAAACAGCCAUGUGUUGGUUGUGCUGGGCAGCAUCGGGCCCACUGUGGAGAGCCAGGGUACUUCUCAUUGUGCAGGGAGUAUUCAGAUCAUGUUCAUUGGAAAAGGACGUGGAAGGGUUUCUGUAGGGUCCUUCUGAGCAGCUGUUGUCAAGGCAAAAUGCUAUGCUACAAAAAUACUAAUGUACUCAAUAACUGUACGUGUAUGUUCAUGAAUAAAUUGGUUAAACAUGUCUAA